AUGGUGUACAAGCUGAGAGAGAGAAAAGAAAAUUUGGUCUAUCCGAGUUUCUGCAGCAGCUCAGAGUCGGAAUAUGAAACUGGAGCAGAUAUUUCUGAUGACCCUGAGUACACAAGAAAGCCCUCAAGUGCUAGAAGAUAUCCAACCGAUGUUCAACAAAUGGCGGAAAUGGCCAGGCUCGCUGCAAGCUCAACUGGGAAUUUACAGUUGCGUAGGCUAAAACAAAGUCGCCCUCGAAAGAGUAGUAUGCCUAGGACAAAAGCACGAGCUCAAUCUUCAAAUAGAGAUCGUGCUGGAUCAUCAAGACACAGGAGAGAUAAUUUUGAGGAUAAGAGAACUAUUUUAUCAUGGUUGAUUGACCUACAUAUGAUUGCGGAUAAUUCACCAGUCUUCUAUACGGGUCAGACAGAGUUGAUUGGAUUCAUAACAAGGGCUGGUAUUUUGUGCACUUGCUGCUACAAAAUUGUUACGGUGUGGGAUUUUGAGGUACAUGCUAAAAGUGACUUGAGAAGGCCUUACGAACACAUGCUGGUCAAGAGCAAUGGAAAAUCCCUCCAACAAUGCUUGAAGGAGGCAUGGCUAGAACACAUUGAAUCUGCACCACAAUUUGGAUUCAAUCAUAUCAAGCACCGAACAAAAGCAGCAGACCAAAACGAUGAUUCAUGUAUGAUAUGCGCAGAUGGAGGAGAUUUGAUGUGCUGUGAAAAAUGUCCAUCGGCGUGCCAUCCCUCAUGCAUGAACAUGGAGAGUGUUCCCGAAGGAGCAUGGUUUUGUCCCUACUGCAUCUGCGAACAUUGUGAAACUGAUGACGGGAAGUUCCUCAUAUGUUCACUGUGUGAGAAGAAAUUUCAUUGGAAUUGCUCUUUGCCAAAUGAAAUAGAUCUCAAUCGCUCAAGUUCAUCAUUUUGUGGUGAGAGCUGCAGUGAGAUUUUUCAUAAAUUGGAGUUGAUAGCUGGGAUCAAGAAUCAUUUGGACGAGGGAUAUUCUUGGACGCUUCUGAAGAGAGAAGAUAUAAGUUUGGGAGGUCCUACUGAAAGUUUGCACAAAAAAUUAGAAUGCAAUUCCAAGAUUGCAGUAGCAGGGAUUCUUAUGGACCAAUGCUUUGAGACCAUAAUCGACCGCUAUACUAGAACCAAUGUGGUUCAGAGUGUAAUAUACAGUCGGGGGUCCAAUUUGAGUCGAAUAAAUUUCCAAGGUUUUUAUACUGCUAUCCUGGAGAAGGAUGAUGAAAUCGUCUCUGCAGCAUCUAUAAGAAUACAUGGAAAGAAGAUGGCAGAGAUGCCCUUUGUGGCAACCCAAACGAAGUAUAGGCAACAAGGAGCGCUUCGGAAGCUUCUAGUCUGUAUUGAAUCUGCCCUUUCCUCUUUAAAGGUGGAAAACCUGGUCAUUCCGGCUUCUACAGAAAUAGUUGAUAUGUGGACUAAAAAAUUUAAUUUUUGCCACGUAGAGAGUUCCCUGCAGAAGAAAAUAGUCUCUGAGAACACAUUGAUGUUUCCGAAGGCUGUCAGGCUACAGAAAAGCUUGUUGGAUGCUCAGGAAGCAGAUACUGCAGCCAUGGAAGUUGACGUAGUUCAAAAUGAGCACCAUCAACAUAGAUAUGAAAGGCCGCCUUUCAUUGACUUAAAUCAGGACCCUUCAGAAGAGGAUAUUGAUGCAUCAUAA